AUGAGUGGCGGGACUAUGUUCUCUCAUACAUUCUGGGGCGACAAAAACUUGGGGUUUGAUACUUUAAUACAAAAUAUGAAGCUGGAUGUUAAAAAUACAAACGAAUUCUGUGAUUUUCUGCGCGAAAUGAAUGCGAUUGAGGAAAACUAUGCAAAGGCCCUUGGCAAACUAUCUAAACAGGCGUCUUCUUUCAGUACUGCUGGAAGUUUUAAGCUAUGCUGGUCUCUACUUGCUUCGUUUUUUGAAAAGAUGGUGUCGCUGCGGAGCGGUUUUGAGUCUGAUCGCCUUAACUUAUGGAAAGAUGUUCAGAAGUAUCUAGACGAGCUCCAGAAAAAACAAAGAAUCCUUAAGGACAGUGAAGCUACGACACAAGAAGUUGUUCACUCUUUUCAGGUUGCUACGACACAUUUGCAGAAAGCCAAAGAACUUUACCACUCCCGCUAUAAGGAUUACGAACGCGUUCGGCUAAAUGAAACCCAUUCUACAAGAGACAUCGAAAAAGCCGAAACGAAACUCAAGAAGGCACAGGAUGAGUACAAAUAUUCUGUAGAAAAAUACAACAAUUUGCGAGUCCAGUUUGUAGACAAGAUGCGCGUGUCGUGUGACCACUUCGAGCAAAUGGAGUACGCGCAUUUGGUGCGAAUGUGUGAGUUCCUAACGAGGUUAGGUGAGAAUGUGAGUAAGGCUCACAGCGCCUUCGUAGUCCUCGCGUCAGAUUUCAACCAGCGUCGCGUCACCGAACUCACACCUGACAACCUUCUAAUGAGCCUGGUGGCGGAACGCGGCACCGGUAAUCAGGAGCCCCUUCCCGCGGAAUUCGAGGAUGUCGAAGUGGCCGCUGCCUUCCACAACGCCAACGAAGGUGACAGUGACAACGCCCAACUUAAAAGGACACCUUUUGGCAGUACCGCCAUGGCCGCCCCGUCCUCCACCCCUGGACCUCUUCAUCUAACACUUGGCACAAACAACCUUCGUGCUGCGUCAGCUCUGCCAGCUUUCGGACCACUGGGUAGCCAGGAGAGUCCAAUGACAAAUCACCGUGGCCCACUGGAACCCGGUUGGCAAAGUUCGCUCAGUGAAAUCAACGCCUCGCAUUCUACCGGCCUCAGCUGGCGAGCCGGCAACAUCUUCCAGCGUCGGAAUCGUCAAAACUCCUCCGGCCUUGACGUCGACACGGCGAGUGUCAAUUCAGCGGGCAGCGGGUUUAAUGGCGGCCCUGGUACCUUCGCCCAACGACUCGCUAACGUGCGCAAUCGUGCUCGUCUGCCCAGGAAAACUUCCAACAGCCCCAGCAAUGACACUCUAAAAGCACCUGUCGCGGCCGGUGUUGAUGAAGAGGGCUACAACAUUCGACCAGAGAAUCCCUGGGAGACUGGACGCUCCAAGUCACCAUCUUCCAGCUCCGAGGACGGUUCAGAUGUCGUCAGUUCCAGUGACAAGACCUUCCGUGGCAUUAAGGUGGCAGCCAAUGAUGGUGAUGAUGGUUCUCCUCCUUGUUCGAAGGUGAACAUCCGGCCACUGGGUGAUCUAGCGCCAGCCGUCGCCGCAGCGCCAAACUGCACCGACAUUGUUCUCUCGACGCCGAUGUCCAGUCGGACGCCCCAUGACCGCACGAUUACCGGAGGCCGCGGUCUCAGUCUGUCCGUGCGAGACUCCAGACGACCGCACACAUCCGUGGACAAGCCCUUCGGCGGAGUUGACGUCGGCCCCACUUGUCGCUCCAACUCCGUCAGCACCAAUCCCAUCGUGCCUGUUCUCCCGCCCCCGCCCGGACAGGGCACCCUGUCUAAUCGUCGCGCCAGACCUCACCCGACAGUGUCUGCGAAAAGUGAGAUUUGUUUACUUGGUGUGGGGUCGUCCAACCCCCUCUGGUUCGCCUCCUACUCUUUGCCCCUAGCCGACAUGGCCGUCUCACAGCGCGACGCAGCACCGUUCAACCCCUUUGGUCUGCCCCACCGAGACGACGAUCAAUCCACUGCCGACGACAGCGUUGCGUCCGAGUCAACUCCCACGCCCAGACCCGCCUCUCCGGCUGCCGCCGCCGCCACCACCUGGGAGGCUUUCUUUGCGCCAUCGGACACCAACGAGACCUACGAUCGAUUAAUUGAUCUCCGAGACGACGUGGAGCGCGUAACCGAGGCUCCGGAGACGCCUCUAGUCUCCAAGGUUUGUCAAGCACCGAUAGCCGUGCUGGAUGAUGAUGACGAUGCUCCGUCUGAAGUCUCGCCGGCCCCAAUUUCGCCUUCUAUGGCGUCCACGACAAGCCCAGUUGCGCAGGAUACACCUCGCACCCUUCCACAACCCCCACAUCACUUCCUACCGCCUCCGCCACCACCACCGCCGCCGCCACCCUCUCAGCCAAUCACGUGGUCGCUGCCAAUCGCCAUCGCGCUAACAGAGACGUGGCGUGCCCAAUUCCCCAACGGCGGUGGCAGCUCCUUCUCUACCAUGGAGCGCCCUGAACAGUCACUUUUCGGCCAGGUAACGCUCGCCGUGGCUCGUGAAGACCUCCGCCAGUUGACCGAGUUUCGAUUGGCCGUCGCUAACGCCGCCGCCACCUCCGCAACCACCACCACCACCGCCGCCCUCAACCCACUCAUCCUAGUCUUCAGUCGGGCCUCGAGAAUGAAAAAUAUGCAGGCCACGUUUGCUGGAGUUACCGUUAAGUGCGAAAAGGUGGAGGGUGAGACGGCGGCGGAGGAUGAGUACCGAGUCACGAUUCCCGGGGACCUCCUCUACCACUACCUCGUUGCCACGCACUCCGCAGUCGCGCAGACCGACACCGAGGCGUACACGCGUCUCUCGCUGCUCGACUACACCGUCGAAUUGGCCGGACUGCGACCGCCCGUCACGAUGUGCACGUACUGGCGCUGCGAGAAGGCCACCACGGACUUCCGCCUCGACUACUUCAUCCAGUGGCCGAAGCUGUCGUCGGUGAACGGCGACGCCGUUGCCACGGAAACAAGCUGUCAAGACCUACGAGUAAAUCUGAUGGUAGACGGUGGGGUGGUUCGAAUGCAGAGUCAUCCACUAGGCACGUGGAACGCGGACCUGGCUAGAGCCUCGUGGAGUAUUCCCAUUGCCUCGAUGAGCACACCGGGCCACCAGCGACUCCACCAGCCGGGAGUGGACCUAUCGGGCAACAUUCGCGCCAAGUUCUUCCUCGCCGAGGGUCCGGGCACACCACAGCCCGUGGCGCUCCAAUUCUGCCGAGACGGUGGUCCUCUGCCCAGUGGCGCGACGUUCGCCCUUGGCGUCGACUCUGACGCUGGUGGUGGUGGCUACCGCCUCACCAUGUGCAAGUACCGCCUCCUGGGUGACCGAUACUUCUGUGACCCGCCAGUAGGGUGUUCUGCGGUGGCUCUGGGCCAGGCGGAAACUCUGUCGCCGCUGCGACCCAAAGCACUACCUCCGAGCCCUUCCAAUUGA